AUGCCCGUCACGGCACCCACAACCCAAUCCUCACAGCGCUCGAGCCAAGACUCCCAGCUCUUCCACCUCUCUCAGAUCGCCGCAAUGCAGGAAAAGCUCGACGACAGGGACGCCGCAUCGUCCAGGAAGCGAAUGGCUGACGGCAAGAUGAAGUCACACGACUUCACAAUAACAUCGCCCAUUCGUAUGGGACACUCGAGGAACACCAGCACCCUGACAUCCGAGCUCAAGACGCGCCUUUCCUACGCUAUGGUCAAGGUCAACCACGGGUGGCAGGGGCAUUCGAUUGACGAGGUGGAGUCCCUUGCUUCGCACGCGGACUCUACGAGCUCCAGUUCAUCCACUGCCCCCAAACGCCGUGGAUCUUCAGCAAGCCCCGCCCUCUCGAGUGGUGCUCUACGCAGUACCAACAACGUUACCCCCUGCCAGCCAGUCUCAGUCUCCUUACGAGCCUUCGUGGCCCGACACAUCUCGCCGGCCGUUCGACAGCCCAAGGUUAAACGACGCCCAGGCCAGGCUAUCGGACCGCAGUACGGCAGUUCAAAGCCAGCUUACACGCCUACGCUCCUCUCCCAAUCUCAUGUCGCGUCUCCCCGAACGCCCGGAAUGGGCUCUCCCCAUAUUUCACAUAGCCAGCCCACCCCGCGCGCCCGUGCCGUAGAUCCUAUCCUAUACUCACCGCACCAGAAUAUACGCGAUCAAGACGCGAUAGAAGCGUUGAUAUCGAUGAGCAGUCCUGGAAACUCAGCGCGGCUUAAGGCUGCGUUCUCCCCGGCAGCCUCGCCGAAUCUCGGUGUCACUCGCACACCUGGCGGACGUCAUGCUCUCCCUACCGGACAACCGCGCAAGAGCCUGCCCACGGGCCGCCCUACUACGAACAAUCUCAAGCGCGUCGGGUUUGAGAAAUCUGCUUCCAUGGCGGCAAUGGGCUCCCCGAACGACAUGGACAUGGAUAUGGACUCGCCCAUUCACGGAUCACCGCAUACAAGUGUUGUCCGGGGACGCCGAGGAGAAGAGUGA